GCGCCUAAACCAUCGAAGCUCUUUCUGCCUCUUCUCUCGCGUCGUUCGGAACUCAAACGCAGUCACUGUUUCCGUUGAUAUCUCUCGGACUUGGUUUAUGAGCUCGAAGGAGAGACCCACUCUCGGUGGUACGCGGAUUAAGACCCGCAAACGGAAUAUUGCAGCGCCUCUGGACCCUGCAGCAUUUGCAGAAGCAGUGGUCCAGAUUUAUCUGGAAAAUGACGGUGAUCUUGAACUUGUUGCCAAGAGCAUAGAGUCUGCAGACUUGAACUUCUCAAGAUAUGGUGACACCUUCUUCGAGGUUGUCUUCACAGGAGGACGCACUCAACCUGGUACGACAAAGCCUGAUGAGGGGGAGCGCCACACUUAUUCUAUUAUAGAUUGUGAACCAAAACGUGAAGCUAUUUUGCCAUCUGUUCUCUAUAUUCAAAAGAUUUUGCGCCGCAGGCCGUUUCUAAUAAAGAAUCUUGAAAAUGUUAUGCGAAGAUUCCUGCAGUCAUUGGAACUUUUUGAGGAGAAUGAAAGGAAGAAGCUUGCAAUUUUUACAGCCCUUACAUUCUCCCAAAAGCUAUCUGGGCUUCCACCGGAGACAGUAUUCCAGCCACUGCUCAAGGACAAUCUUGUUGGCAAGGGGAUAGUGCUCGCAUUUAUAACAGACUUCUUCACGGAAUAUCUUGUGGAUAAUAGCCUUGAUGAUCUGAUUGCACUUUUGAAGCGAGGGAAGAUGGAGGACAAUCUCUUUGACUUCUUCCCAUCAUCUAAGCGCACUCUGGAAGGUUUUUCUGAGCAUUUCACCAAGGCAGGGUUACUAAAUUUGGUUCAAUACAAUGAAAAGAAGAUGUUUGAGGUCAAACUCAAGGAGAUGAAGUCUGCACUGACAACCCAGAUAGCCGAGGAGACCGAUAUAUCCGAAGUCAUAGAUACUGUGAAGCAACGUGUUAAGGAUGCUAAUUUACCUGACAUUGAAGUUGUACGCAUUUUGUGGGAUGUCAUAAUGGAUGCUGUUCAAUGGUCUGGGAAAAAUCAGCAGCAGAAUGCUAAUUCAGCUCUCCGGCAGGUGAAAACAUGGGCAGAACUUUUAAAUACUUUCUGUACCAAUGGGAAGUUGGAGCUUGAACUCAUGUACAAAGUUCAAAUCCAGUGCUAUGAGGAUGCAAAAUUAAUGAAGUUAUUUCCUGAAAUUGUGAGGUCUCUCUAUGAUCAGGAUGUGCUUGCAGAAGAUACCGUUCUUGUUUGGUUCCGCAAAGGAACAAACCCAAAGGGCAGACAAACCUUUGUGAAGGCAUUGGAGCCAUUUGUGAAUUGGCUGGAAGAGGCUGAAGAAGAAGAAUGAGUGAAGAUUGAGAUUGUGAUCUCCCUCGUCUCAUAAACUAGUAAUUUAUUGUCUCGGAAUAUUUACCUUCCUGAUAAUCACAUAACUUAUUAUGCGUCGAUGAUA